CGGUGUUUUUUUUCCCCCCGAAGGCGUUAAUUGAAGGUCGAAGGCGCUUUGAGGAGAGCAGCGCCGCGUUUCGGGGCGCGGGGGGGGCGGCGCGGCGGUGCGGCGCUGGGAUCAGGCACCGCGCAGACCCGCUAUCCGUGUCGGUGCCCGGCGGGGUCCUGGCUCGGCAGCCCGUGCGGGGAUGUCUGGGAGACCCCGCGCCGUCCGCUGCUCAAACAUUACGUUGACAUGGAUGAUGAAGACGGCCGGUGCCUGCUAGAUGUAAUCUGCGAUCCCCAGGCCUUGAACGACUUCCUCCAUGGAUCCGAGAAGAUUGACAGUGAGGAUCUCCUGGACAACACGGGAGAUGCCGCCAGCGCCUUUUUGGAAGGUGCCGGGCUCCACGUCCAGGAAUCCUCCGGGAACCACCUGACCACGGAGCAGAACCAACCCACCACCAGCGUGGACCUGGAUUUCCUGGAAGAUGACAUCCUGGGUUCUCCAUCCGGCGCCGGAGCGACGCUGCCCAACUCGGAUCAGCCGUGCGACAUCCUCCAGCAGAGCCUUCAGGAGGCCAACAUCACCGAGCAGACCUUGGAAGCGGAAGCCGAGUUGGACCUGGGAUCUUUCCAGCUUCCCACCUUACAGCCGGUGGUGCAGGCGGCAUCCGACGGCACGCCGCAGAUCUUUUCCGGCGGCGCCGACCUGAUCGGAUUGCAGCCGCCGGCUGUCCUGACCCACCAAGCUCUGGUCCAGCAGCCGGUGGGAGCCGACGUGGUCAACAAAGCCAUCAGCGUCCAACCUUUCCUCCAACAAGUGGGCCUGGGGAACGUCACCAUCCAACCCAUCUCCAACAUCCAGGGUUUGCCCAACGGCAGCCCUGGCGGAACGCUGGGAAUCGGCCCCAUCCAAGUGGUGGGACAACAAGUGAUGGCCAUCAACCAAUCGGCACAACCCAUCAUCGCCAAGCAGGUUCCGCCUUCCCAGGUGGCCACCAUGCCGGUCGGAAGCUACAUCACCCAACCGGCGCCGGAGCAGCAGCAGGUGACGCUGGCUUCUGCCGGUGUCUCUCCGCAAAGCGCCGGCCUCGUUAUCCAGAAGAACCUUCCGACGGUGGCCACCACCACCUUGAACGGCAAUUCCAUGUUCGGGAACGUCUCCGGGACUCAAGGUUCUCAACCGCUCACCGUCACCUCCAACCUGAGCAGCCCUUUAGUCCAGGCCCAGAACGUCAUCAUCCAUCGGACUCCGACUCCGAUCCAGCCCAAACCGGCCGGAGUUCUCCAGCAGAAGCUCUACCAGAUCACUCCGAAGCCGUUCUCCUCCAACAACGCCACUCUCACCAUCCAGAACGAAGCCACCAUCCAACAGCCCAAAACCCAACAGAACUUGACCUUCAUGGCCGGAAAACCCGCUCAAAACGUGGUCUUAUCCGGCUUUCCGCAAGGAAUUCCGGCCAACGUCUUCAAGCAGCCGGCACCGCAGCAGCAGGCGUUGAGCAAACCCAUGAGCGUCCACCUCCUCAACCAGGGCAGCAGCAUCGUUAUUCCCGCUCAGCACGUUCCGCAGGCCAUGCUCCAAGGGCAGAACCAAUUCCUUCUUCCCGGAGCUUCCGCCGUGCAGAUCCCGCAGCAGCUCUCGGCUCUCCAAACCAACAUGGGAGGUCAAAUCCUGACGGCGUCGCACCCCGGCGGCCAAGCGCACAUCAUCACCAGCCAAGGAGCCGCCGGGCAGCUCAUCGCCAACCAAGCUUUGCCGGCGCAAAUCCUCACCAACCAGAAUAUCGCCGGACAGCUCAACCUCGGCCAAGUCCUGGCUUCCCAGAACGCCCACGGCACCGCUCACAUCCUCUCGGCUCCCAUCCAGCUCCAGCCGGGGCAGGUGGGACAGCCGGCGCUUUUCCAGAUGCCCGUUUCCUUGGCCGGAAGCUUGACCACGCAAAGCCAAGCUUCCGUAGGCGCUUCCUUGAGCCAACCGGGCCAGACGGUCAUCCAAGGGGUGACUCUUCCCAACCAAGUGGCCAUGCUCAACGCUCCCGAGAACCUCGGCCAAGCCGUGAGCAUCCAAACGUCCGGAAGCAGCCAAAGCCUGGGCCUCGUCCAAGCUCAGCAGCCAACGUCCGGAGCCAACCUCCUUCCCAACGCCGACCAAUCCUCCAUCCUCACCGUCCAAACGGCUUCCCAGCAGCCGGCUCCGCUCCAGCUCAACGUUCCGGCUCCUCCUUCCGCCCAGCAGCCCGUCACUUCCCAAGCCAGUCCCAGCUUGGCUUCCAGCCCGGAGAAGAUCAUCGCCGGAGCCGUCAUCAACCAGGAUUCCAUGCAGAUGUUCCUCCAGCAGGUUCCGCACGGGAUCAUCCUCCAGCCCAAGCCGCCCCCCACCAGCCAGGCCCCUCCGGGCCUCGGACCCUUCGGAGCCACUGGAUCCUCGGGAUUGGGAAGCGCCCAAGGACAAGCGGGAGCCGCUGCCACCACGUCGGGAGCCUCCGCGCCCGCCACCCUCCCGGCCGCAUCCGCAGGCGUCACCGCCGCGGUUCCUCCGGACACCAAAGCCUUUCCCAAUGCUCCGACGCCAGGAUCCGCCGGGAAGGGAGCGUCAUCCCAAGGCCCAGCGGGAGCAGCGAGGCCGCAGCCGCUCCAGCCCAAACCCGGCGUCAUCAGCUCCGUCUCGGGCCUGAACCUCGGGAAGGGCUCCUUGCAGCUCCAAGCCGUCGGGAAGGCGUUCCCAACGCUGGUCCCGGGGCAGAGCCAACAUCUGUACGACAACCAGCUCGCUUCCAAGAAAACCCCGGCGCUCCAGCCCACCAAGGAAGCCUGUUGCCUGGAGCAGCUGCACAAACACCAGGGUGCGGUGUUGCAUCCCGACUACAAGACGCCGUUCCGCUCGGUGGAGGAUGCCGUCCAGCGCCUCCUGCCCUACCACGUCUACCAGGGAAUGCUCCCGUCGGCACAGGAUUGCCGGAAGGUGGAUGAGGAAUUCGAGGCGGUGUCGGCGCAGCUCCUCAAGCGGACGCAAGCCAUGCUCAACAAAUACCGCCUUCUGCUCCUCGAGGAAUCCCGGCGAGUCCGGCCUUCCGCGGAGAUGGUGAUGAUCGAUCGGAUGUUUAUCCAGGAGGAAAAGACCACGUUGGCCUUGGACAAGCAGUUGGCCAGGGAGAAACCAGAGGAAUACGUCUCGGCUUCAUCCCGCCCGCAGAGCCUUUUGUCCUCGUCCUCCUCGUCUUCAUCCCAACCUUCCAGUGCCGCUCCGGCUCCGGAGAUCCCGAAGGUGCCUCCGGCACAAGCGCCGCCUCCUUCCAAUCCCCCCAAACUGGUGAUCAAGCACAGCGGCGGUUCCCCUUCCGUCUCCUGGGCCAAAACUUCCCAUUCCUUGGAUGGGGAUGAAGACGCUUUGCCGUCCCGGAGCAAACCUCCCAUCAAAACCUACGAAGCCCGGAGUCGGAUCGGCCUCAAGCUGAAGAUCAAGCAGGAAGCGGGAUUGAGCAAAGUGAUCCAUAACACGGCGUUGGAUCCCGUCCACCAACCCAUUCCCGCUUCCCGCGCCGUUCCCAGCUCCGAUGGAGCCGCCCCCACCGCCGCGGGACAGAUGAACGGAACUUUGGAUCACGUGGCUGCGGUUGAGAAGAAACCCAUCGUUACUUAUUGUCGCCUUCCGCUUCGGAAAACCUACCGGGAGAACGUGGAUGCCUUCGGAAGCGAGAAACCCACCAAGGGGAGCGUCCCCAAAGGCGACAAACAGCCCGGAGCCAAGCAGGACGAGGGAUCUCGGAGCGUCAUCACUUCCCACAAAAGCCAGGUGGGUUCCGCGGAGAAAAGCCGGCCGGAAGAGAGCUCGAAGCUCUUGUUCUUCAACCGGAGCGAUUCCCGUUCCGUCAUCCGGCAGGACAGUCCCGCGCCUCCCAAACCCGAGGACUCCACCGGUGGCCUUAUGAAGGAGUUGGCGGAAGCGGAGGAUGAGUUUUAUCGGGGUAUAAUCAAACCGGAACCGCCCGAUCCCAGUGCCGAACUGCCUUGGGAAGUGCCGUUACCUCCGGCUAAACGGCGGAAGUCGGAAUCCUUCGAGGUGGACAACGCCAGCUUCUCCAGCGACAGCCCCCAGGACGAUUCCUUGACGGAACACCUCCAGAGCGCCAUCGACAGUAUCCUCAACCUCCAACAACCGCAGCCCGGAGGCCCGAGCGUCCGGACGCCUUCCUCAUCCUACAAUUCCUCCUCUUCCCCUUUCUCCUCCCCGCUCCAUCGUCCGGAAUCCUUCCUCGCCCCCAACCACAACGGCGGCCUUGGAGCGAGGACGUUGAACAGAUAACGAUGACCCAACGACGCCGGGCGACGAGGGAGGAGACGCCGGAGCCGACGCUCCGCUCGGAUGCGCUUGAGCCGCCCUCUCUUUCUUCCAAGAGACGGGAUCGGAGGAGGAGAAGAAUCCGGUUUUCCAAGCCCGAAAAGGGAGGCUGAAAUCUGGGGCGAGGAAGGAAACGCCGGAGCCGGCGCUCCGGUGGGAUGCGGUGGAGCGUUCCCGACAGAGACGGGAUGGGAAGAGCAGCAGAAACCACCUCAUCCCGUUGUUUUCCGAGCCGGCACGGCGGGAUACGGGGCGAGGAAGGCGACGCCGGUGCUCCGCUUGGAUGUGGUGGAGCGUUCCCAACAGAGACGGGAUGGGAAGAGCGGGAAAACCGCUUCAUCCCCAUGGAUUCCAAGCCCGACGGGCGAGUUUGGGAUGUAGAACGCCAUCGGAAAGGCCGGAAUUCCCAUCGGCAUCACCCUCACGGCAAGUGCGACGGGAGCGAUGGUCGGCUUUGUAAUGUAGAUCCUGUAAGAAAUUCCUAAUCCGAAUUAUCCCAGCGGUCUCUUCUCUCUUUCCCGACCCCCCCCUUUCCUUCUCGUUCCCGUUCCGGCCGCUCGGAGCGGGACACGGAGCCCGGAUGGCGCCAGCCAAAGAGGACUCCGCAGGCGUUAUCCCGGCGGGGAAAACCAAAUCCAUCCCUUUUCUAAGUUAUUCCCGCUCUCCCGCCGGCUUCCGGAGCCUCCGGUUGGAAAACGAGGUGGGAAAAUCGGGAAAGCAAACACUAACGGAAGCGCCGAGUUUAGAGGGAGUUCUGGGCUUGGAGGAGAAGCGGAUCCGGCGGGAUUUGGUGAGAGAGGGCGGGAUCUGGCAGGGAAUUUGGGAUUGGGAAGGGAGGGAGGUGCUUUUCCCUGCUGGAAUUGCCAGGAAAGAGGAGUUUAUGAAGGGAAAAGGGGGGGGGAAAAAGCAGGAAUUCCCUUUUCCCAACGAUUCCGCCUCGUCCCAGGCGGAUCGCGCCCUUCCCGCUCUGCCUUGGCGGCGAUUCCGGCUGCUUUCCUGUUUUCCCAUCCCGUUUUUUCCUCUCUCCCUUUCUUUUUAUCCCCCUUUCGGAGGCAAUAAUUUACCCUGGAAUUCCAAGUGCCAUGGGGGAGGGGCUCAUUUGCAUAUCAUUAUGUAUGCGGGGCUGGGGGGGGCAGCUCCCGCCCUUCGGAGAAGGGGGAAAAAUGGGCCAAAAGCCUCCGUGCAUCCCAAAUUCCAUGUGGGAGCCCAAAUCCAAGUGGAAGAGCCCGAAUCCAAGUGGGAAACCCUAAAUCCGAGCGGGAGACCCCGAAUUCCAAGCGGGAACCCUCAGAUCUGAGUGGGGGACCCUAAAUUCCAAGCAGGAACCGAACCCCCCCCCCCAAAUCCAAGCGGGAGACCCCGAAUUCCAAGCAGGAAACCCCAAAAUCCAA